CCCGCACCUUUGAAGUCCAGCGCCGCAAAGCGCGGUUAUCCGCGCACUAUAAAUAAAAGUUAAGGGCCGAAGGGACGUCGCUUCCCCGCUCUUCCUCCCUCACAGUCCGCUGCUGCCUCCCCUUGGAGAUAUGGCGUGCAUGGACAGAUGUAGGUGCUGCACGGACUCCCAGGGACAGAGCAGCAUUCUCUACAACAUACUGAAGAGCGAAGAGCAGCAGCAGCAGCAGCAGCAGCAGCAGGAGGAGGAAGAGAGCAGCCGGCAGCAGCCCGCGCCUCAGCCGGGCCAGGGGCCCUACGCGCCGGCGCUCGGCUGCUCUUGCGGCAAGCAGAGGCGCGUAGCCCUCAAGCACCCGCAGGUCGCGUGCAAGGCGGCUUCGGCCGUGUUGGUGAAAACGCUGCGCUUCGUCAAAAACGUGCCCUGCUUUCAGGAGCUGCCUUUGGACGAGCAGCUGGUGCUGGUGCGCAGCUGUUGGGCUCCCCUGCUGGUUCUGGGGCUGGCCCAGGAUCGAGUGCACUUCGAGACGGUAGAGACCACGGAGCUCAGCAUGCUCCACACGAUACUGACCAACAAGCACUGCGAUGAAGAGCAGAGGCGGCGGAGGCAGCUCCAGUUGCUCCGUGAGACGCAGGGGGAGUUGGAGCAGAGCUGUGGGAAUGGCAGUGGAAGCAGCGGCACCGCCAAGCUACCGUCGGCGGCAGAGAUCCAAAACAUCAAAGUUUUUUUGGCCAAAUGUUGGAGUUUGGACAUAAGCACCAAGGAGUAUGCCUACCUCAAGGGGACGGUUCUCUUUAAUCCGGAAUUGCCAGGGCUGCACUGUGUGCAGUACAUCCAAGGACUGCAGCAAGAAGCACAACAAGCCCUAAAUGAACAUGUCAGACUGAUUCACAAAGAAGACCAGCAUAGAUUUGCUAAAUUAAAUGUGGCUCUUUCCAUACUUGGAUCAAUUAAUGCCAGUGUUAUUGCAGAACUUUUUUUCAGGCCCAUUAUUGGAACAGUAAAUAUGGAUGACAUGUUGUUGGAGAUGCUUUGUGCAAAAUUAUGAAAUCAUACAUGAGUGAGGCAUCACAAUUUAGUGGGAAAAGUCUGACAAAAAUAGUGUAAACUAUUAUAAAAUAAACUAACUUAUUGUUUUUAAAGUGGCAA